UUUUAAUGCCGUUGCUGUAAUCGUUGACGGCGAACGAGACGUCUCCGAGUGAACGGUGAUUUCGUGAACAAAUUGUUCUUAUCGCCAGUAUAGAGAUAUGAAAUUAAUAUUGUUAUCUAAAAACUGUGCUGUUAAUUUAUACGAGUGUUGAUUGUGUGCCGUUGUGUAUUGAUUACAUCUGGACGUGUUAUUUGUGUGGAGUGUGACGGAGGAAUUGGGGAGAUAGCUUGUGUAAUUGUGCUUUAUUAGUUCAACCGUCUCUGUAAUCAGCAGAAAUGCAGGCGAUCAAAUGCGUUGUGGUCGGCGACGGAGCCGUCGGUAAAACAUGCCUGCUCAUCAGUUACACGACAAACGCCUUCCCCGGAGAAUACAUACCAACAGUAUUCGACAACUACUCGGCCAAUGUGAUGGUAGAUGGCAAACCGAUCAACCUGGGCCUGUGGGAUACGGCGGGUCAGGAGGACUACGACAGACUCCGACCGCUCUCCUACCCACAGACCGACGUGUUCCUCAUAUGCUUCUCGCUCGUCAACCCCGCAUCCUUCGAGAACGUGCGCGCUAAGUGGUUCCCAGAAGUGAGGCAUCACUGCCCGUCGACGCCGAUCAUCCUGGUCGGCACCAAGCUCGACCUGCGCGAGGACAAGGACACCAUCGAGAAGCUCAAGGACAAGAAACUCGCGCCCAUCACCUACCCGCAGGGCCUAAGUAUGUCUAAGGAGAUCAACGCCGUGAAGUACCUGGAGUGCAGCGCGCUGACGCAGAAAGGCCUCAAGACCGUGUUCGACGAGGCCAUCCGCGCCGUGCUGUGCCCCGUGCCGCCCGUCAAGAAGAGGCGCGCCUGUAGCCUGCUGUAGAGAUUCGCCUAGACAGCGGUGCCAGUGUGCAGUGUGCGACCAGCAUGGCUUCUGCAGCGCAACCGUCGCGCGGCUCGACACAAGUGCUGUAUAUAAAGUGGACUGCAAUACGCAUACAUACAUGUUAGUUUACUGUUAACGCAUACUAAUGUAACGUGGGUCGGUGUGUGUCAUCCCUAUUAUAUAUACUUAACGGUUUUUUAAAUUCGGAACAACUCACUAUUGGGUGCUUUAAUCUUGACGCGUUCUUUGCUUUACAUUAAAAGUUACAUUCCUACAUUUGUUAAUAAAUCGCUUCGGUACAAAUUUGUUUCAUGAAUUUACGUUUGGAUUUGUUAAAUUUUUUGUUAGGCAGAGAUUAUAUUUUUCGAUUGUGAUGGUUUAUUUUUUGUUCUCGCCUGUUUCAACGUAGUGGGUAUAAGUACAGUAUUCGUUAAGAAGUUAACAUUUGUAUUCAUUGUGUAUUAAUGUAGUUAAAAAUUAAUCAAAUGACUUCCAUUAAAGCUAAUCUAACUAAUAUACUAUAUUUUAACUUUAGACAAUCCAAUCAAGAAGGUCCGAGCAAAUCUACUUUGCAUACUCUUCUAAAUACAUAUUAUAGACUAGGUACGGCACGGUUUUAUAAACCUUCCUUAGACUUUGUAUUGUUCUGAUAUAUAAAAACUUAUGCUAUAAUAUGAAUAGUACAAGCUAUCAUCAGUUAUUUUACUACCAAGGGCCCCUGAUGCUAUCGAAACAUGUUGCCAAAAUGACUUAAACAUGAGAAUUACCACUAGAAAUUAAUUUUACAGGUAUUAAAUGUUUAUAAAACCGAGCCGACUACUUCAUCAGUUUUUAGUGUUCCGUACAAAACUUUGUUUACGGAACACUUAUGGGAUCACUUCGGUCUUGCAAAUCAGUUAAAUGCGUUUUUUUACAGACAGGCAGACUCAAACUAGUGAUAUUUCUCAACUGUUCCGCUAACCGUGUCGUUACAUGUUAAGUUAGUUUGAUGGAAGUCAGUUCGAAGCACUCUCGUGUGACAUACGUUAGAUACAUAUCGUUGGAACUGCGUAGCUAGAUGUAAAUGUAUCCCAUUGCCGACUUAUAGCUGUUCACAAAUUAUGCGUUUUUUGCAUUUAAUGUAAACUGUUGAUACAAGGUAAGGCCAGUGACAGACAGAUACCGAGGUGAACCCAUCGGAUUUAGCCAGUUUUGGUAUAAAACAUUAGAAUAGAAAUUUCAACCAACUUGCUUUAAAAUUGUGUUGAAUUUUUACAGUAACUUUGUUAAUGUUUUUGGACCUUUUGGACGCCGAUGACCGAUAUAUCCGCACCGCAGGUUCAACGUCAAAGACUGAUUAAUCGGUCACAGACCACAGAGCAACACAGACCUACGUGCAGAUGCAUAAAGUUCAAUUUCAGUUUUGACACUUCGGUGAAGUGGCGUCCGAGUGACUGCUUUUGUGUUUGACACGGCGUCGAAAAGGUUAAAUCGGGAUCAAUUUGAUCUGUCCACUAGGAUGACGUGGCGUUUUUCGUAUCGUUUCGUCAUAUCACAUUAUCUAGAUAGUCGUAACAUUGUUUCAUGGUAACAAAUAAUUCCAAUUCUUAUCUCUGAACCUUGCCACCUCUGUUUUUAUAGAAACCUUGAAACGUCGUCGACUGACGAGGUUAAAGAAAUUGAUAAUACACUAUCUUUGAGAUAUUAUACAACAACAAUGAAGUUACUAAUGUAAGAUUUAACUGAUUUUACAACUGUAAGGCGACAGUGGGAUUGAUUGUAUGAAAGAGGAUAAUUUAUAUUUUAUAGGCACAUACAUAUAAAAGGUCAACAUUUUAUACAAAGUCAAUGAAUUUACCUAUUUAACAUUUAGUUUAUAUCAAUAAAUAGUACGAAAAGCGAAUUGUAAAUUAAGAAAUCGAAUGCCAAAUCUGUGUCACGGAAUAUAAUAUCACUUUACCUGGACAAUUUAAAAAAUACCAAUGAAACUAUCAUCAUAAUUCUAUAGAUUUUGAUGAACGAAUCAAUUUUCACUACCAUAUCAUAUUUAAAACUUUCGCGUUUUGAACACAUAUUAACUCAAUUUAUAGACGAACUUAAAUUAGAAUAGAAACAUUCGCGAUAGACCUCUAUAAAUGUGAGUUAAUACGUUUAUUAUUAUUUUAUAGGAUUUUCCUAAGACCUCUACUAAAACAUCAACAAUUUUAGGCUAUAUAAUGUGCCUCCCCCUUGGACCUCCAUUCGUACCGGUUGGUAGCGACCCGUAUCCAGCGUCUUCCGGCGGCCUUAACACGGUCGUACGUCCAUCUUGUGAGUGGACGUCCUACGCUGCGCUUGCUAGUCCGUGGUUUCCACUCGAGAAUUUAUCGAGGCCUAUGUUCAGCAGUGGACGUCUUAUGGCUGAGAUGAUGAUGAUGAUGCUAAUGUGCCUAUAGAUAUAAAUGAUCGUCAGAUGAAUAAAUGAACGUGCUAAGAAGCGCAGCCGGUCCUGUGAAAUACCGCACAACUACUUUAGCAACAACUUUCAUAGGCUCGCCAUUCUUCGAGCUGUUUAAAUGUAUAAAUAGGCGAUUCAGUCACUGUUUUAACGGGUCAAAUGUAAACUUAACGCUUUUUGACAGGUUUUAUAACUUUUUUAAUCUCCUAAGACUCAAAUGUACAUUAGAAUGUACAUAUUUGUUGCAAUCUAAUAAAAACCUUCCAUGAACCAAAUAAAGUAGCGUUUCUUUUGUUUCAUUGCUUUUUAAAGCAAACGAAUUUGCUCCAAUUUACUAAUAGAACAAGGUUCAAAUUAAACAUAGGAAAACUUUGUAUAGUUGGUCUUACGAGUAGAGAUGCACCGGAUAUCCGGUUGGUAUCCGGCCUACCCGGCCAUUAUUUUACUAUCCGGCCGGAUACCGGAUAGUGACCUACUAUCCGGCCGGAUACCGGACAAUAACAUUGCUUGAUUUCGGAGUAAGCAAAUUGGAUUUAAGAAACAGACACGGUCAUUAUCGUACUUGUUUAUUAUUUUCAAACAAUUCAAUUAUCUUUCCACUGACUUGCACGCGCACUCAUUUCGAACCUAGAAAUGAGUGCGCGCGAACGUUUACUAGGAAACCGGUCAAACCUGCAGAACGCGCACCUGUAAAACCAAAAUGUAGGUAUAGUUCCGCUGGCCGAAUAUUCGGCGGCCGGAUACCGAAUAUUCGGCCGAUGGUCAGGCCGAAUAUCCGGUAUCCGGCCAAACAAUUAUCCGUUGCAUCUCUACUUACGAGCUAGAAAUGUAUUAAACCUUCUACCCAAGAUGACAAAAGCAUUAAGUUUACAUAUUUCCAAUUUUAUUUUUCGUAUAUGUAUUCGAAAGCCAUUGGUUUUCACUAAAUGUGAUGAUGGAUUUAGGCUUUAAUUGACUGCUUUCAUAGUCACGGCUUAUUUUACCUCUCACGCCUAAUUUCACAUAGGUCUCUAGGCCUCUAGGUCUCUCCAGGCCUCAGGUACUAGGUUAAUUACAGCCUGAAUCCCCGGAACAUGUAUUGUGUAAGUAAAGUAAGGCGUUUACUUUGUGCAAUUGUUUAAGCUUAGUAAGAAAAUGUUGCCAGUUACAACUCGUUUUAUGAUUAUUUUUAUUACUCUAGGCCUCUGAAAUGAAGGUAUCGUUCUUAGCUUUGAAAUUAAAGUAAUAAGUAACACUCCCGUAAUAACUAUAACCAUAAAAUGUGAAUGAAAAGGCUUUCAGAGUGGUUUUAGUCUGAGAUAGUCCAAUACAGUUGCUAUCAGAUAUAUCAGAGCGGCCGAGGUUAUCACAAAUAUCUGAACACGCCUAUACUGUCAAGGAGUUAGAGCGCGUGUUCAGAUAUUUUUGAGCACCUCGGCCGCUCCGAUAUUAUGAUAGGGACUGCACGAGCAGCGACAAUUGCACAAAAUAAAAUAAUGCAACAUAGCUGUAAGAUUUUAAUGUAUUGUUCAGAUGCAAAUAUUUAGAAGGAUCGUCAUGUAAAUAACGUAAUAAUAUUACGCUAUAUUAUAGCAACAAAUAAAAUUUUUAAGCAAAGCACCGAUUGAGGCGCAUUUUUUAUAAUAUGAUUGUGUAGAAUCAUUUUUAGACGGGCUUUGACGCAUUUUUUAUGUAAUAUAUAAGUAACUAAAUUUUAAGAGAAACUUACUAAGUAUUCGCUUUGUUUAGUGAUUUUAAAACGUUAAUGUUUAAUUUAAAUGUAAUUUCUUAUGGAACAUAACUGUCAAACCUUUACUUGCUGACUAUUCUAGUUAUAGCAAUUCAAAAAUACGGUUUGUUUUUUAACAUGGACUUUAAGUAUGAGGCAAUAAGGAUAUAGAAAUACAUUCGUGCAAUGUAUUAAUUAAGCAUACGUCCUUUUCGGUAUAGACCGGUUAGAUAAGGAUGGAACUCGGCAUCGUUGUAAAGCCAUUAUUAUGGUACUUUAGGCACUGGUCCCACCGCGAGCUAGUAAGCUAUGAGCUAUCGGCUAUAAACACGAACAAAAGAUAAGCACUCCCGUGUAAAUAAAAGAGACACGGCGAUAUUUAUAGUUACUCGCCCAGCGGUGAGCUAUAAAUAUCGCCGUGUGUUUAUAGCCGAUAGCUCAUAGCUUACUAGCUCGCGGUGGGACCAGUGCCUUACUAACAUCAGCCUCAGUUAUUGAUUUUUAACAACUUACAACUCAAAUAAAAGGAUUAUGAUUCAAUUCAUUAUUUUACGUAACAAUGUUAUUUUAAAAGUAAGUUUUGAUGUUUGUCUUUAUGGUGUUAGAAAUAAUUGGUAAAUUGUUUCAAGUCCUAAGGAUGGUAUUCCAUCUGUCCAAUGUUUCAAAUUGCGUCUCACUCUGUCACUAAGCAAAAUGUGAGACGCAAUACACAUUGAAAAAGAUAUUGGACAGAUGAAAUACCGCCCUAAUAUACAUGUAUAAAUGAUUUGUAUAACCCAGUCCUUGUAACUCGAUGUAUUCCUUGUAUCUGCUUUCGGGUAACUGCUAUAUAAUUAUUUUUGUAUACAAAUGAACUCGGGUUGGUUAGGCGUAACGCUGUCGAAGUAAUUCUUCCAAAUAUUGUAAAGCCUCUGAAUAAUUCAAAAUAUAUUUAUAUUAACUGUUCA